GGGCGGCCCGUGCUCCGCUUCCCGAGAGCGCACCGCGGCGGCGCCGCCGGCCCCCGGCCGGGAGCGAGAGGGGAACGGGGGCACCAGCGCGGCAUUGUGGGAGCUCUUAAAGCAGCCGCCGCCGCUAAGCCCAGCCCCGUCCCCCCACAUCCCCGGGGGCUGCCCGCCCAGCGCCCCGAAGAGAGGGAGACGUCCCCGCAAGGGGGGGGGGAAGUGCCUGACUGCAGCACGCGGGCGUGUGUGCAAUAUCCUCCUCCCUGAGGGGGUUUAAAACCUGCUCUGAAGGAGAACCCCUAAAAAGAGACUCUCCCGUGCCAGCCCCCCGGAACAGGGCUGUGAGACUCAGGGAAGCGCUGCCUCGGCCCUCCCAACGCUCCUGGGAGUCCGCCGUCUGCAUCAGCCCCAGCCGGGCUGGGAGCCGGGAGGAAGGAGGCGAGCAUGCGACUUCCCAUGGGAGAUAACAGGUAUGAAGAGGAAUUUUCCCAGCGACUGAAACUACAGGACCAGAUACUGCAACUCAAACACCAGCUGGAGCAUCAAAAAGAAAAUUGUUUACAGGAAUCUAAACAGAUGAGACAGAGGCUUGCGUGGUCAGAAGUUCUCAUACUCCAACCAGAAGGAAAACUCCAUGAAUUGAGCAAUGGGGACUCAGAUUCAAUGGCAAAAGUUCAGAAAAUUCGAGAAGCCAAUGAAGCGGAGGUGAAGCAAAUCCAAGAGGAAACUGCAACAGCCUACCAUAAAAAUUUUCUGGACUUACAAAUAAGGUUACACACUGAUCGAGUCAUGCUAGGGAAAAUGCAAGAGGAGAACCAGCGCCUGAACCAGCGAGUUGAUAUGCUGACAGUUGAAGUUAUGGCAUUACAGAAGAAGCUCCUCUCUGAAGAGGCCAACAACAGUGCAUUCAUUGAAAAGCUGCAGUUGGAACACAGGGGGAGACAACAGCACAUUGGGGCCCUGGAGGCCAGGCUAGAGGAAUUACAAGAUCUUCUUCUAGCCAAGAUGAAAGUACUGGAAGCUGUUGAGGAGACAAAUCUUUCCCUGCAAAAUGAGAUCAGUUCACUUAAAAGCAUGUUUGGAGGAGAAAAAGGAACGGAGGCAACCCAUUUCCAUUUGGCACCUAACCUGUCACACUCUGGUCACUCCCCUGUUACCUCAAAUUCCAUCAUAGAUGCAUCACCCCAACCUUCAGAGAAUGUACUCUCACCACAAUCACUUCAGCCUGCUUCUGCAGUACUGAGACUGGCCAAAUCCACCAGAGCAGAUCUGACUACACAAAAGAGAGUUUUAGCUCAGGGCAGCACUAAUACCGAGUCACUGAAGUGGUCCCGUUCUAGGUCUAGUUCCCUCAGCCUUGAUACGAAUACAUUAGGACAAGGUCAGGACUAUUUCAGCUCUUUGUUUACUGACUUAAAGAAGAAUGUCCAGCAUCCCGGGCCCUUGGAGAGACCGGGAAGGACACCGUCAGCAGCUGAAGACUACACCUCUUCAGCAUCCAGUGCUAUUGGCAACUUAAAAAUUGCAGAAGUUCAUUCAGCUGGUCAUUUUGUGAAGAUCCUUAACUGUUCCCCUGAUAAAGAGGAGGGCAUUGGGGAGUAUACACUCCAGCAAAAUGUCAGCGGCCGUCCAGUAACUGUAUUCAGAUUCCCACCAAGGAUCAGAAUGAAGGCCAAUUCUACUGUAACCGUAUGGACAGCAGGUGCUAAAGUGCUUCAUAAACCUCCAUCAGAUUUCCUUUGGAAGGAGAAAGAUAGCUUUAAAACAGGCCCAGAGUGCACUACCAUUCUUUGUGAACCUAAUGGUCAAGCUGUUGCUUGGUACGCACCUAUUCACUGGAACAGAAAGCAAGGAUGGGAAGAGCAAAAAGAUGAUAAAUACCUUAAGAGCAGCAAAAAGCCAAUUAUACCAACAAAAAUGCAAAGAGAUGAAUGGGAAAAGGAACCAGAGUCUGUGAUAAUUGAUACAGAACAGGAAGGGGCUGUCCAAGGUCAAACAGAGGAAAGAGGACCAGUUUUCAUUAAAAGAGAAAAAAAGAUCCCAGCAACCCUGUUCCCUACUCAGAAUUCUUGGUGCCGAAGUCCAGCUUCUCCCACACACCCUCAUUUUUCUCUGCUCAGACCAUUAACCAUGGGCAAUGAUGGCAGCAGUCUGUGCAGGCAGUCCAGGUGUCAGUCAGCAAAACCUGACCCAGCACCAGGCACUCUGUAUGCAGGAAGCAGCCGGGGCAGAAACACAGCUACAGGAAGUUUUAAUGGAAAAAGUAGAAGGCUGACCCGGUCAGCAGGGCCUAAUUUAGGUGGAGUGAUGUACGUAGGAUCUCCUGCACCCACUGGCUCUGCUCUACAGAAGUACUUUUGUCAAUUCACCUUACAUCUUCAGUCUACCAACCCCGACUUCUUUUACACCCACCACUUUUUCUAACACUUAACACAGGAUCUAUGAAUAGGAAUGUGUGUAUGGAGGGUGGGGGAGCUCCUUAAUGCUCUGCAGCAAAAAUAGUAAUAUGUGGGUCAUUGCUUCAGGGAAUGAGAAGACGAGGUUGUUGAGUGACACUAUAGAAUUUUAAUGUUGUUUCCUUGUAGACUGAUAUGUACCAGAAAGUUUGUUUCACUGACUAUUAUCAUUACAUUUUUAUUGAUUAUAUAUUUGGAAUGACUGAUAAUAGGGUGUAUAUAAUAUGUAAAACAUUAUAGAGAGAGUGUAUACUAUAUAUAAUGUUUUACAUAUUAUUUAUAUAAUCAUUCAGUGUUUUAAGGGAGGGGAACAUUUAACUACCAAAGCAAAUACCUUUAAAAAAUAACCACCUAUUUUGGUUGCACAGGGGAAAAUGAUGUUUAAAAGUAUCUGCAAUGUAAUAUUUCUUAUACUGUGAUGAUUUAUUUCCUCCCUUUUACACAGCUAUCAAAUCCAGUGGAGGCAGCUGAUAUAUGAAAAUGGGUAGGCAAAGUUGGCCCACAAAGGUGUCCUCAAGGCCAGCAGUGGGUAAUGAUCAUACUAUAAUGGAAUCAAAACAGGGUAAGCAAAACAGGAUAGACUGUGACUGCCCUGG